AUGACAGCCGGAGACUCGGGAUCCGACCCCCGGCAGCCCGACGCCUCGCUCCGGGAACGCCGCCGCCCCUCAACCGCAUCGACCGGUUCCGCCGAGGUAUUUGCUUCCGCCGCCGACUCCCUGUUGGAAACCGCCAAGGAUGUUGAACAACGGGUCGAGGACGCCCUGCUGAUGCUAUGGGAUGAACUCCCCCAUUGGCGCCGCGACAACCACUUCAUCCACACAGGCUACCGCAGCACUUCCAACAGCUAUCAGAAAUCCUUCUGGUCCAUCUUCUACCUGCACAAUGAGUUUGUCAACGUCUGGACUCAUCUCCUGGGCGCCAUCCUGUUCACCUUUGGCGGCUUCUUUCUGUACAACGUCAUUGCCCCGAGAUAUGAGCCCGCCUCCGAGUCGGACGUGCUCGUCUUUGCCUGCUUCUUCUUGGGCGCUUUCUGCUGCCUGGGAAUGAGCGCGACUUACCACACCCUGAGCAACCACAGUCCCGCGGUGGCCAAGUGGGGAAACAAGCUGGAUUACACCGGAAUCGUCUUUCUCAUUGUCGGAAGCUAUGUGCCAACCAUGUACUAUGGCUUCUUUUGUUAUCCUAAUUUGCUGACCUUUUACCUGGGCACGAUCUGUCUCCUGGGUCUUGGAUGCAUCACCGUCUCUUGGUUUGAGCAUUUCCGCACUCCCGCCUGGCGCCCUUACCGCGCCAUGAUGUUCGUCGGUCUCGGCGCAUCCGGAGUCGUUCCCAUCCUUCAUGCCUUGACCUUCAACUCUUUCGCCCAGUUGGAUGACCGCAUGGGCCUCAGAUGGGUCAUGCUUCAGGGAGCCAUGUACAUCUUCGGUGCCUUCCUCUAUGCUGUCCGGUUCCCAGAAUGCCGGUAUCCCGGCCGUUUUGACAUUUGGGGCAGUUCCCAUCAGAUCUUCCAUGUCUUUGUGGUUCUGGCCGCAGCCACCCACUUGUAUGGCAUAGCCAAGGCUUUCGACUACCAUCAUGCAGUCAUGGGAGGCACUUGCUGA